GGAGGCCGCGCCGAGGCCGCCGCCUGGGCCCGGGAAGCCGCCGCUCGGAGCGCCGAGCCGCGGCGCCUAGGCCGUGGCAGUCCCGGACCCACUGCUCCGGACCGGGCCCAGGUUGGUCUCCCCGCACCCCAUUCCCGCGGCCGCAGCCUCCGCGUGCGUCCGGCCUGGGCGCGCGGCAGCCGCCCCCCACCCCCCAUCCCUGGCCCUACCCGGGCCCGGCCGCUCCCCCGCUCCCCGGGGACAGCCCCUGCCCACUGCCCGCCCCUCGCGGCUCGGGCUGCCUGCCGGCGCCUGUCCCUCGUCCCCUUGGCCUGGAAAACCUCUCUCCCUGUAGCCCUGGCCCGCCAAACGUAGGCUCCCCCGAGCCCUGUCUUCUGAGGGACCCUCCCAACCCCCCUGCCCCCUGUUCAGACCCUGCGGCUCCGGCCCCCGAUGUCCCUCUAGCCUCAUCCUGGUUUCUGCACUUCGCCCUCCCUGUCCCAGCCCCCAUAUCACCUUCCCAGUCCCCUGGCACUAACCCCUUACAUCCCUUUCUUACCCCCUCGUAGAAGCGCCCACCCCCCUCUCCACAGCCCCUUUCUAGACACCCAAUACCAGACCUCCUUUUACCCCGAACACCAGCCCCCAGAUUCCCUUCCGAGCUCCCUGUAAAACCCCGCUGCUAAUUCUCCGCUGCCGGUCUCCAGCCUCCAUUCCAUCUCCCCACGGUCCCCUCUUACUUCGCCGGUACCAGCCCCCAAGCCCCCUCCCCAACGCCACCGUAACCACUUUCUAGCGCCCCGCCUCCAGCUCUCCUGUGCUCAUUCCAGCUCCCUCAUCCCAGCCCCCCAACUUUCACAUGGCCUCUUCCUAUGUCCCCGAAUUGGAGAUCUUUGCCAGUCUCCCCCUACCCUGACACCUUCCCGAUACUCUCAUGACCCCCUCCUAGCUCCUCCAUACCAGCCCCCAGGUCCCUUCAGCUCCGCCUCAGGCCCCGCCCUCGCGGGUUCCUUGGCUUAGGGUCGCUUCUCGCGUGCGUCCCCAGCUCCCGCCCGGCAGCCCGGCUGUCGGUCCCGGGCCGGCGGCCCCCGCAAGCCGCCGCCGGCCCCGCCCCCGGGCACCAUGCUGCCCUCGCAGGAGGCCUCCAAGCUCUACCACGAGCACUACAUGCGGAACUCGCGGGCCAUCGGUGUGCUAUGGGCCAUCUUCACCAUCUGCUUCGCCAUCAUCAACGUGGUGGUCUUCAUCCAGCCCUACUGGGUGGGCGACAGCGUGAGCACCCCCAAGCCUGGUUACUUCGGCCUCUUCCACUACUGUGUGGGCAGCGGGCUGGCGGGCCGCGAGCUCACCUGCCGCGGCUCGUUCACCGACUUCAGCACUAUCCCGUCCGGCGCCUUCAAGGCGGCCGCCUUCUUCGUGCUGCUCUCCAUGGUGCUGAUCCUCGGCUGCAUCACCUGCUUUGCUCUUUUCUUCUUCUGCAACACGGCCACGGUCUACAAGAUCUGCGCCUGGAUGCAGCUCUUGGCAGCUCUGUGCCUUGUGCUGGGCUGCAUGAUCUUCCCCGACGGCUGGGACGCCGAGACGAUCCGGGACAUGUGUGGGGCCAAGACCGGGAAGUACUCCCUGGGGGACUGUUCGGUGCGCUGGGCGUACAUCCUGGCCAUCAUCGGCAUCCUCAACGCCCUCAUCCUCUCCUUCCUUGCCUUCGUGCUGGGCAACCGGCAAACGGACCUGCUGCAGGAGGAGCUCAAGCAGGAGAACAAAGAUUUUGUGGGCUCUACAGUAAGCUCUGUGUUGCGGCCAGGGGGUGAUGUCUCUGGAUGGGGAGUCCUCCCCUGUCCCGUCGCUCACUCACAGGGACCCUGAAGGCCGGGAUCACAGCCCAGGAGUUGACCUGCCCUCAGCUUGUCCUGUCUCCUGCCCUCUCAUCCCUCCAUUCACGCUCUGAGGGAAGACCCCGAUCUUGGACUGACCUCACCUGCUACCUGCCUGCGAGCUCCGGGCUUUGAAGAGAGGCUGGGGCUGGGAUGCAGCCUGAGGGAGGGGAGAGGCCCUGCAGAGCCUGGGAGGGUCUGGGUCUGCACCUCCCUCAACUGACCUAAGGGAGACAGCCCCCAGUCCCUGGCCUCCUCUUCCCCUCCAGUCUGGCCAGGGCCUUGCAGAGUCUUCAGGGGAAGGCGACGCCGUGGUUCCCCCACCAGGCUCCCUCAGUCCGGAGGGCUGCUGCCUGGCUCUAUCCUCGCCUCCUCUGGUCCCCGCCUCCUGCAGAAACUUAUCCAAGACACUGCUCCAGGGCAGCAGACUGGACUCUUUCCUAUCUUUUUUUUUGGCUGAUGGUGGUUCCAUCAUCUCGUCACAGAGCUCCAGGCGCCACCGGCCUCCCUCGGGCCUCUCUGCUCCUGCUGCAGCCUGGUCCCAGCUCUCUCAAAGGAGUCUGAGCUGCACCGAGGGAGAAAGCACAGGGCCUUCUGGUCAGAUGCUGACUGGGGCCCUGUCCACGUGGACUCUGAGCCAAGACAGGCAGGCUCUGGAGGCAGUGCCUGGACUCCUGUCUUGAUGGCGCUUGGCCUCUGCAGCUGGGGCUGGAAGUAGCUCUGGGGCUAGCCUGGCCUCCUCCCUGCUCGGAUGGCUCACCAGUGACUGGACCCUUGACCCCGGCCUGUUUUGUACAGCGUAGAACUUCUUGGCUCUGUUGUCAGGGUUGGGGAGAGGCGCCCAUGAGUAGGGAAUUAGGGGAUGCGUCGCCCCUCUGCCCCUUCUCGUGCUGUCCCCCCAUCCCCUUCUGCCAAGGGCAGAGACUGUCUUGCCUCUUUGAUACUUUUCUGCGUAACUUGAACUUGCAGGUCACCUCUGAACAGGGUAUCCCCUGUCCCCAUCCCCAGCCCUAGUAACCCUCUCCCCACCUCUUCCUCCUCCCUGCCCACCUCUCGCCUUGCGGUUUGCCCAGGGUCUGCAACCCAGUGGGCACGCUUGGAGCCGAGGCAUGAGUGUGUGUGUGUGUGUGUGUGUGUGUGUGUGUGUGUGUGCGCGCGCGCGCGCGCGUGUAGGUGUUUGUGGGGCAGAUGAAGUCUUCUCUCCCCCUCUCCUCCCACCGUGGGGACAUCUCCUCCCUUCCUGCAGGGAGCACAGGAAGGAGACUGCAGGUGUUUCUGACCUCCCCUCACUGCCUUGGGGACCUGGUGGUAGAGCCAUCUGGCUUGGGGCGUGGAUGGCCCCUUCCAGCCCCCAUUUUGGCGGCCGGUUGGCUUCAUUUCGUGUGCCUACUUCUGUCUCCAGGUACUGGCUGCCUGGCCUAUUGUGGAGGGGGGGCAUGAGGCCCCUGCAGGCUCAGUGGGGAAGCGUGUGGUCUCCCUGUCAUGUCGGCCUCAGCCCAAGGAGGGAGGAAAGCAGCGAGUGCCAUGUAUUUGCAGCCUUGUGUUCAUUUCCAUAGGACCUGGACCUGACAGAGUUUCCAAGACAGACCCUAGAAAUCCUCUGCCUGAGUCCCCCAUCUGGACCCUAACUGGAGUCACAUGCUGGGGCCUGGGAGGGUUCCUGAAACCUGGAACUUAACUAAGUCCUGACCCCGGCCCUCUCUACUCCCUCCUCCUGGGCAGACACCUGCCCCUUGUGCUGUGGUCCCUGCACUGUGCUCCCCUCUCCCCUGCUCCCACCAGGGUCCCGUGCUGAGUGGGAGGGUGAGGGGAGCCUCGUGAAGGUGUGGAGUGGGGGGCAGAAGUGAGUUCCUCCAAGAUCCAAACCAAAGCCCAAUGUUGGAGGGCAUCAGGGGGAGGGGCCAGGAGCAAGGGAUUAGAAAUGGGAGGAAGGGGACUUCCCUGGCGGGCCAGUGGCUAAGACUCCACGCUUCCAGUGCAGGGGGUGCGGGUUCCAUCCCUGGUCGGGGAACUAAGAUACCACGUGCCGCAUGGUGCGGCCAUAAAAAGAGAAAAGAAAUGGGGAGAAGACAGAGAUGGGAGAAAGAGAAGAAGGAGGUGCAGAGACAGGGAGAGAAGGAGGGAGGGAGACCAGGCGAUGGGGGGUGGGGUGGAUUUAGAGGGUAUAGAAGUGGAGCAAGUGACCAGAGAGGGAGGCGUGAUGGAUAGAGCACCUGGAGGUGGGAGGGGAGGUGGCCAGAGACGAGGAAGGAACGGGGAUGGGAAGGAGGCAAAGGGAGAGGUGAGCUGUUGGAGGCCAGGUGCAGGGGGAGAAAGGAAGGGGAAGGAGAGGAGGAUAGAGGGGACAGGACUCGGAGGAAUGGGGAGCAGCUGCUGCGUGCCCACUGUGCGAGGGGAGAGCCUAUCACCCACGGGGGCCACAGACCCCUGUGGGCUGCUGGUGGGAAGGUUAGGACCUACCUCCUCAGAGGCGGAGGCGGGGCCCAGGCAGCCAUGCCCCACCCCAUUGGGGUAGAGGCGCCACAUCAAGGGAACUGUCUAGGUGAUUGCUGAGCAGGUUAGCGCCACUGGAGUGGGUUAGUGGUAGAGAAAGGGAGGGUGGUUCCCCUUGGGGUGGUUGGACAGUGAUUCCCUGUUACCAUCCACCCAGCCAGCUGCUGUGGGGCAGUGGGAGACGCACCCAGGAGCUUGGGGUUAGGAGGGGAGUGUUGGUGGGGCUGAAGGAGCACCAGGGUGCCUUAGGGAAGGGAAAGAGGCUGGAGUGGGUACCAAACCAAAGCCCUGUCCCUGAAGCUUUUUAGCAGAGGUGGGAGCAGAGCGGGAAACAUGUUUCAACCAGAGACCCCAGGUGAGGCUGAAGUGUCACCAAGCCGGGGCCCAGAUGGCUCUCUGGGGCCAGGAAGCCAUCACAGCAAGGAUGUCUGUAGUUUGCUCUCACCCACGUCUGGCAACUUCGCUUAAGCCUUCGGGAGGACGCUGAAGCAGAGAUGGUCCGUUCCCAGAUCGGUCUCUUGGUCCCUGAAAGACGCCGAGCUUUGAGCGGCCCACUGAGGCACCCCUCCCCCAGCCGUGCCUGGACCAGAGGGCUCUGGCACCAUCUGGUUUCCUUUGCCUGGUGUGGGACUAUCUCAGGAGAGGCCAAUGCAGCUCCAACCUAGUGGGGGUUCAGAGCACUGCUUGUUCAAGUCCUUCCGGGUCUUGGGAUGUGUGAACUUUCCUCUCUGGGGACCAGUACCCAUGGAGGAAAACGCCAUGGGUAGGAUCAAGAUCUUUUUCAGGCCUGCUAUAGCCAAGAAGUUAAGAGCUUUUAGACAAGGCUGUAGGGAAGAAUUCUUUGGCCACCUUUUGAAGUUCCUACUUGGGCACAGGGGAGUCACCCUUCUCCAGCUUCCAGUGUGAACUGAGAAAGGGAAACCCUCUCUCUGGAGAAGCUGGGACCUUCCCAGCACGAGAAACCUCCGCAGGCCCCUGCCUGGCUCAGGGCUAGCCUUCGGGGGGGACUGGAGUUUCCUGAGAAGGGAACAAGGGAGCCACAGUCCUCCCCUGAGCUCUGAUCAGCAGAGGGCCUAUGCUGUGUGUCAUUAGGAUAGCUUGGUGUUGUCUACACCCCAUUAGUAAGUUCCGUCUGAACGUGUCCUCACUGUUCAUCGUCCAAUUUGGUAACAUUGAUUUUGGUCCAGACCCCUUCUGCUGCUGCUGGGUUUGAGCUUCAGUGCAGGUGGAAUGACAUUCAAAUAAAGAAACACUUUAUAUCACCCAUGCUAGCUUCUCCUUCUCUGAGUUGGCCCCCAGGGGAUUAAGAGGGGCGAGAUUCAACCUGACCCUUUGUACCAGCCGUGGCUGCGUAUUAACAGACCUUAUGUGGAGGUAGCCAGACCAUGACUGACAUGGAACCCAGCACCACUUUCAAUCCUGGCUUUCAUCCUCAAGGACACCUCAUGGCCUGAAGUGGCUGCCUGGACUCGUCACUUUGAUCCACAAUUUCAUUUUAAAGAGACUUCUGGAGAUCCCAUAGGACUGAGUCACACUGCACACCUAACUGAAAUGUAAUCUGUUAACAAAUAAAAUUGUUGUUGUUUCCAAGGCGAAAGGAGAGAAGAGCUGGCAGUCUCUGCCAGCUCCUGAUUACAUGGGCUUGAAAACAAGGCUCCACCCUUUUCUGCCUGUGUGGCCUUGGUCAAGUCCUUUCACUUCUCUCUAAAGUAAGGAACAAUGAGGGAAUGCGUGUGAAUUGCUUUGCAGUGUCUUGCACAUAGUUAACAUGCCCCAUGUGUCAGCUACAUUGAUUAUAAUUUUUGCACUUGGGAAUUGAAUCUUCAUUCAACACAUUUUGAGCACAUAGUAUCUGCUAGGAACUUAAAGUAACAAAAUCAGAGUUUCUGUCUUAAGGGUCUGGUUGGGGAGAUGAAGUCUGCCUGGUGCAAGGUACUGUGGGUACCCCAGGUAGGGAUACCUUGCAUGGCUUUAGGUGGGGUGGGUAGAGCAGGGGAUGGACAAUUUUAACUGUAGGAUGAACAGGAGGUAGGCAGGCAGGCAGGGGCAAGGAGAGCCAUUCAUGAAAGACAGCGCAGCUUGGGGAAAAAGGCUGAGAUGAGAAACCGAAAUGAACCUGUGAAGAAAUAAGAGCAAUUUAGAAACGCUGAACUGUAAACUGUGAGGUAGGGAGGGUCAGAGAUUAAUCUGGAGAGAUCAGCACAGGCCAGAUGAUGACUAAGCUCUGAUGCUGUGUACAGCAGUUCAGACCUAAGAGCAAUGGGGCAGGAAUUUAAGCAGGAAAAGGACACAAUUAGAUAGGCAUUUCAGAAAGAUCACUCUGGUUGUAGUGUUAGGGGGUUGAGUUAGAUGGAGACAAUUUUAAGAAAAAGUAAAGCAGAAGUCUGGCCUGAAGCAAGGUGGUGGCAGUGCUUUUGAGAGAGGUAAGGAAUUCAAUAUUUAGGAAAUAGAAAUUACACUUAGUAACUGACUGAUUGUGGGGAUAAUGGAUACAGUGGCGUCAAGGAGGAGAGUUAAAUUUUUUGCUUGGGGGGAAAAGAAAAAUUUGCCAGUAUAGCAGGGGAGCAAGAUAAUCAGUUCAAUUUGAGACAUGCAUGUGGGACAUCCUGGUGGACUGUCCAGUAGUCAGUUGACUUAAUUAAUUUGGGAGCUCAAGAGAAAGAUUUGGGCCAGAAACACAAACACAUGCAGGUAAUGGUUGACAUAUGAAGUACAGAUGAGCUUGUUCAGGGUGACUGUGUAGUGUGAAAAGAGCAUGGGGCUGCAAAAUGCUGGAAAACAACAACAUAUAAAGGUCAGAGGAAUGGAUGUCCAGAGAGUCAGAGCUAUGACGAGAACCAUGAGAAUGUGGUGUUAGCGAAACCAAGGAUUUAGAAUUCAAGGGGAAGGUCAACUGAUCAGAUGGAGCAGAGGUCCAGAAUUAGGGACUUAAAAAUGUGUCUCCUAGAUUUGGGAACAAGGAAGCUACUGCUGGAUUUGGUAAAAGCCUGUUCAGAGGAGUGAGGUUAGAGCCCAAAUGAGGUCUGUUCAGGAAGAGAAUGGGAGGUGACUGAGUGCGGGUCACCUUCUGGAGAAGCGUGUCUAAGAAGGGAGAAUCGGUGACUGGAACUCUUUCAGGAAAUCUUAAGUAGAGUGAACAAGCAGUGGACAAAUACCAGCAUGUAAUCCAGAGGAGGAGGAGGAGUUCUGAAUGUAGGUCAUGGCCGGUAAGAGUUUAAAGAUAAAGAGAGGAUGACUAAUGGAAGAGGCGAGGAAGCCUCUUUUUGGGGGUAAAGUACAACGUUUAGGGAGCUCUUGCCCGAUGGCGUCCAAUUCUUCAGUGAAGCAGGAGGCAACACUGUCUACUGAAAGAGAAGGGAAUGAGCAAGGGGUUUGAGAAGAAUUAUGAAAGUUUGGAACAGUUGCUAAAGGAGCUGUCCAAGGAUAUAAAAGGAUCAAGAAAAGGACUGAUGGGUGACCAUGAAUAUGUGGUGACACCAACAGAUGGGAGGGCAGGCACAGAAGGUAGACUAUAGACUGAAAGGGAGGUGCAAGGUAAGCCGAGUCAGAGAGCCACCAACAGAUCUAGGCUGGGUAUGGGAAAAGGAGAGCCUGCAAUGGGGCAAACUGACGGAGGAAAUGGAGAAAUCAAGGUGCUAAAGUUUACGUGAAAAAGCUGGAAGGUUAGGAGACUGUAUCUAAUUAGAAAGUUGGGUAUUUGACCUGAAUAUUCUGAGUAAUUCUUAUAAAAGACUUUGAGAUGUGAGGCAACCUGGUUAGGAUGUCUACCCAAAUGGUAAGGAUAAUGGCAGAAAUCGGUGUGCAGAAGACAAGCCAAGUUGCCCCAAAAAUCAAAGAAUCAGAGAGAGAGGUUGGACAGUUAAGAUGACAGCAGGAAGAAGGCUGAAAGCGCAGUAACCAAUGCGUGAGCAGCAGAGGAAGCAGGGAUUUUUAAUCUGAGGGAUAAGAUAUAUUUUGUCUGGAAACAUUUAGGGAGAGCCUCCACGCAACAGGAUGUGAGAAGGAGCAGCCUUCACGUCAGAGGCUGCAAAGGAGGUGGCGUCCUAACGAGAGAACCAUAUUCAGUCAAGGCCAACAGACAAUAUGGAGGAGGUAGGGGUUUGUCCAUCAAAGAAAAGAGCACUGCAGAAAAGUUGGGAGGGAAGGAUGGUAUGUCGUAAAAUUAGAGAGCGCUGGGAAGCCAGACGACAUGGAGGACUGUCAUUUUGGGAGGUGACUAAGGAGCAUGAAAUUGGUAGAACUCACCAGACUCCAAGUUUCCAACAGAGCUCUAGUUUGAAACCCCUUUCAAGUCCACUGAGGCAGAGCAGAAGGACUGGUGACACCAUCUGCUGGCACCCAUACAGAUCUGGAGUUCUGGAAAGCUCAUUUAGGUGCCGAAAUCCAACCUGAGUGGGUUGGAGGCUUCUUCAGAUUCAUUUAGUCAUUCAACAAAAUAUGUGUCAAAUGCCUGUUCUGCUCAGGUACUGCCAGGCUCUAGAAAUACACAAAUAAGUCAGACAGAGACCCUGGGCUCAAAUGACAUUAGGUCACUUAGUAGCAGGGCUGUUUGCCUGUUUAUUGUGGCUAUGUAAGGCUUUGUUCUUUGUUUUGUUAGACAUAUUGCAGCAUAAGACAAAUGUACAGGCAGAUGACCUAUUAAACAUAACCUUCUCACCAUAACCAAAGAAAAUCUUGCUGACCGCCCCAGAAGCCUUUCCAGUGCCCCCAAACACUACCCCCCUUCCUUCCCUCCUAAGAGUAACCACCGCCUGGAUUUUUAUUGUAAUCACUUUCCAACUUCUAUAAUUUUUUUCAUCCAAGUGAGCAUCUUUAAACAAAAUCGUUUAGUUUUGACUAUUCUUUGGAUAUGUCUUUACUCACUUUGUUUCUUUUCAUCCCUCCUUGCAAUUUGUUGAAGAAACUGGACCAUUUGUUAUGUAGUGUUCCACAGCUGGGAUUUUGCUGGCUCCAUUCUUGUGGUUUAGCUGAACAAGUUCCCUCUGUUCUCUGUAGUUCCAGAAAACUGGAUCUAGAUGCUUAUUCACAUUCAAGUGUAUGUUUGAACAUUUUAAUGACUGCUUCAUAGUUGUUGUUGUUUUUUAAUCAAGAGAUACAUAGUAUCUAAUUGCUUUUGUGUAAUUACGGGUUAAACAAUAGUGAUGCUCCAAACCUAUCAUUCUCUUAUUUGUGGGAGAGCUUCUAUAAAGGGAAACAUCCUCAUUUUCGAUCUAGCCAGAUAGUGGUACAACUUGUAUAGGAAAGGCAAGAAUAAUGCUGGAGUAUUUCCCUUUAUUUUCUAGUUUUCAAAAAUAGAGUUGGUUCCCUAACAUCCUCCCAAGAUGAACAAUUAUUAUGUUUUGGUACCAUUAUGAACUCAUGGAUUUAAACAUACUUGAUUCCGUUACAGUUAUCAUAAUUAAUGCUUAAAAUGUUGUCGCUGGUUAGCAGAAGCCUCUUUAAAUUGGUGUGUCUUUUUUUUUUUUUAAUAUUUAUUUAUUUGGCUGCACCGGGUCUUAAUUGUGGCACGUGGGAUCUUUAGUUGCAGCAUGCAGACUCAGUUGGGGCAUGUGGACUCUUAGUUGGUUCUCAAGGACAUUGGAUUCAUUUGCUUCCUCUCACAUUAAAGCCCUCAUAUAUAAUACCACAAAUAUAACUACUAAAACCAUAUUAUUUUCUGCUUAUUUCUUUGUAGUUGCACUGUACUUACAUUGCCUAGGUCACAUGAACCAGCUGACACUGCAGUCUCACCUUAUAUUCCUCAUUCAUUCUUAGUUCUACACGUAGCUAACUGCAUAUAAUUAACUCACAACCAGACUUUCUGUUGCUGUUUCUUAAGAUAGUUUGGGCAUCCAAAUCAGCUCAGUUUCUAACAUAUUCCUAAGAAAGAAUUAACAGGAAUAAAGUUUCCCAGGUUCUGGCAUAAGGAUGACAGUUUGCUGCUAUUACAUAGUUGGUAUGAAACUUUUGGUUCAUAGUCUCUUUGAGUAUCUUAAAUAUAUUAUUCCAUUCUCUUUUGCCAUAAAGUGUGGCUGUCAAAAAACCUGACAGAGGGACUUCCCUGGUGGCGCAGUGGUUAAGAAUCCGUCUGCCAAUGCAGGGGACACGAGUUUGAUCCCCGGCCUGGGAAGAUCCCACAUGCCGCAGAGCAACUAAGCCCGUGCACCACAACUACUGAGCCUGCACUCCAGAGCCCAUGCGCCACAACUACUGAGGCCACGUGCCUAGAGCCCGUGCUCCGCAACAAGAGAAGCCACCGCAAUGAGAAGCCCGUGCACCGCAAUGAAGAGUAGCCCCUGCUCCCUGCAACUAGAGAAAGCCCGCGCACAGCAACGAAGAACCAAUGCAGCCAUAAAACAAACCAAAACCUGACAGAGCUUAAUUUUCCUUCCAUUGUAAAUAACUUUUUAGGCCUAGAUAUCCAAGAUUUUUUCUUUUCUUUAAACUCCAACAAUUUUAGAAUGUCUUGAUAUUGGGUUUGAAUUCUUGGUUGAAUUUACAAGGUAUGCAUUAUGUUCUUUCAGUCUGUAGUUUGAAAUAUUUAAGGAAAAGUUUUCUUGAAUUAUAACUUUUGGUAUUUGUUCUGUUCUCUUGCUUUUAUUUUAUGUUGUGAAACGAUCACCGCAAUGUCUAAUCAACAUCUGUCAUCACACCGUUACAAAAAUUGUUUUCUUGUGAUUUUUUUUUUUUUUUUUUUUCCUGCGGUACUCAGGCCUCUCACCGUUGUGGCCUCUCCUGCUGCGGAGCACAGGCUCCGGACGCGGAGGCUCAGCAGCCAUGGCUCACGGGCCCAGCCGCUCCGCGGCAUGUGGGAUCCUCCCGGACCAGGGCACGAACCCGUGUCCCCUGCAUCGGCAGGCGGACUCUCAACCACUGCGCCACCAGGGAAGCCCGAUGAGAACUUUUAAGAUCUACUCCUUUAGCAACUUGCAAAUUCAGUAUUAUUAUUAUUUUAAAAUUUAUUUAUUUUAUUUAUUUUUGGCUGCAUUGGGUCUUCGUUGUUGCGCGCAGGCUUCCUCUAGUUGCGGUGAGCGGGGGCUACUCUUUGUUGUGGUGCACGGGCUUCUCAUUGUGGUGGCUUCUCUCUUUGCGAAGCACAGGCUCUAGGAGCGCAGGCUUCAGUAGUUGUGGCAUGCAGGCUCAGUAGUUGUGGCUCACGAGCUCUAGAGCACAGGCUCAGUAGUUGUGGUGCACGGACGGGCUUAGUUGCUCCACGUCAUGUGGGAUCUUCCCAGACCAGGGCUCGAACCCGUGUCCCCUGCAUUGGCAGGUGGAUUCUUAACCACGGCGCCACCAGGGAAGCCCGCAAAUACAGUAUUAUUAACUCUAGUCAACAGGCUGUAUAUUACAUCCCUAGGACUUAUUUAUAACUCCAAGUUUGACCUUUUGACCACCUUCACCCAUCUGGCCUACCUCCCAACCUCCACCUCUGGCAACCAACCACAAAUCUGUUCUCUGUAUCCCUGAGGUUUUUUUUUUGUUUGUUUUUUUAAGAUUACCCAUAUAAGUGAGAUCAUAUGGUAUCUGUCUUUUUCUAAAUUACUUCACUUAGCAUGAUGCCCUCAAGGAGCAACCAUGUUGUUGCAAAUGGUGGGAUUUCAUUUUUUGCUUAUGGCUGUCAUUGUAAAUAUACAUUUUCUUUAUCCAUUCAUCCAUUUAUGGACAUGUAGGAUGUUUCCAUAUCUAGGCUACUGUAAGUAAUGCUGCAGUGAACAUGGGGGUGCAAAUGUCUUUUUGAGUUAGUCUUUUUUUUUUUCAGGUAAAUACCCAGAAGUGGGAUUGCUGGAUCGUAUGGUAGUUCUAUUUUUAAUUCUCUGAGGAACCUCUGUACUGGUUUCCAUGGAGGCUGCAAAAAUUUACAUCCCCACCAAGAGUGCACAUGGGUUCACUUUUCUCCACAUCUUCAUUGAACUGAUUUGUCUUUUUGAUAACAGCCAUUCUAACAGGUGUGAAGUGGUAUUUCAUUGUAGUUUUGAUUUACAUUUCCCUGGUGAUUAGUGAUGUGGAGCACCUUUUAUGUCCUGUUUGCCAUCUGUCUCUCUUACUUGGAAAAGUAUAUUCAGAUCCUCUGCCCAUUUUUUAAUUGCAAUUUUUCUUUUUGUGUUAUAUGAGUUCUUUAUAUAUUUUUAGAUACUAACACCUUAUCAGAUAUAUGAUUUGUAAAUAUUUUCUCCCAUUCAGUAGGUUGCCUUUUCAUUUUGUCCAUGGUUCCCCUUCUUCUGCUGUGCAGACGAUUUUUAGUUUGAGGUAGUCUCACUUGUUUACUUUGGCUUUUGUUGCUUGUGUGGUGUCAAAUCCAAAAAAUCAUAAUCAAGACCGAUGGCAAGGAGCAUACUGCCUAUGUUUUCUUCUAGGAGUUUCAUAGUUUCAAGUAUUACAUUCAAGUCUUUAAUCCAUUGAGUUGAUUUCUGUACAUGGUGUAAGACAGUGGUCCCAUUACAUUCUUUUACACGUGGCUGUCCAGUUUUCCCACUUAUUAAAGAGACUGUCCUUUUCCCUGUUGUAUAUUCUUGGCUCCUCUGUCAUAAAUUAAUUGAUCAUAUAUGCGUGAGUUUAUUUUUGGGUUCUCUGUUCUGUUCCAUUUAUCUAUGUGUCUUUUUUUUUAAAUACUGUUGUAAUCACCACAGCUUUGUAAUAUAGUUUGAAAUCAGAAAGCAUGAUGCCCGCCUCCAGCUUUGUUCUUUCUCAAGAUUGCUUUGGCUAUUCAGGGUCUUUUGUGGUUCCACAUAUAUUUUAGGAUUGUUUGCUCUACUUCUGUGAAAUACGCCAUUGGAAUUUUGGUAAGGAUUGCACUCAAUCUUAAGAUUGCUUUUGGUUGUCUGUUUACUUGUUGAGUUUUAAGAGCUCUUUGUAUGUUGCGUAACAGUCCCUUAUUAGAGAUGUCUUUUGCAAGUAUUUUCUCCCAGUAUGUGGCUUGUCUUCUCACUCUGUUAGUGUAUUUUUUAGAACAGAUGUUAAUUUUAAAGUCCAGCUUACCAAUUAUUUCUUUCAUGAAUGGUGGUUUUGGUGUUGUAUCUAAAAAGUCAUCGCCAAACCCAAGGUUUUCUAGAUUUUCUGUUAUUGUCUAGGUAUAGUUUUGCAUUUAGGUCUGUGAUACAUUGAGUUAGUUUUUGUUAAGAGUUGUUUGUUUUUUCCCUUAAAUUUAUUUAUUUAUUUAUGGCUGUGUUGGGUCUUCAUUGCUGCGCACGGGCUUUCUCUAGUUGCAGCGAGUGGGAGCUACUCUUUGUUGCGGUGCGUGGGCAUCUCAUUGUGGUGGCUUCUCUUGUUCGAAGCACGGGCUCUAGAUGUGUGGGCUUCAGUAGUUGUGGCUUGCGGUCUCCAGAGCGCAGGCUCAGUAGUUGUGGCACACCAGCUUAGUUGCUCCGUGGCAUGUGGGAUCUUCUCAGACUAUGACUCGAACCCAUGUCCCCUGCACUGGCAGGCGGAUUCAUUAAAAAAAAAAAAUUAUUUAUUUGGCUGCAUUGGGUCUUCGUUGCUGAAAGCAGGCUUCCUCUAGUUGUGUCAAGCAGGGGCUACUGUUCGUUGCAGUGUGCGGGCUUCAUUAAUUGUGGCACGCAGGCUCAGUAGUUGUGGCUCUUGGGCUCUAGAGCGCAGGAUCAGUAGUUGUGGCACACGGGCUUACUUGCUCCAUGGCAUGUGGGAUCUUCCCGGACCAGGGCUCGAACCCGUGUCCCCUGCAUUGGCAGGCAGAUUUUUAACCACUGCACCACCAGGGAAGUCCUGUGAAGAGUGUUUAAGGUCUGUGUCUAGAUUCAUUUUUUGCACGUGGAUGUCCAACUGUUCCAGCCCCAUUUGUUGAAGACUAUCUUUUCCCCACCGUAUUGCCCUUGCUUGUUUGUCAAAUAUCAGUUGAUUGUAUUUGUGUGGGUUUGCUUCCGGGUGCUCUAUCAACCUAUUUGUCUAUUCUUAUUCCAGUACCAUGCUAUUUUGACUACUGUAGCUUUAUAGUAAGUCUCAAAGGCUGGCUGACUUCAUUCUUCCCUUUUAACACUGUGUUGGCUACUCUGGGUCUUUUUCCUCUGCCUAUAAACUUUAGAAUAAUUUUGUUGAUAUCCAGAAAACAACCUGCUGGGAUUUUAUUUUAUUUUUGGCUGUGUUGGGUCUUUGUUGCUGCGUGCAGGCUUUCUCUAGUUGCGUUGAGUGAGGGUUGCUCUUCGUAGUGGUGGGCAGCCUUCUCACUGCAGUGGCUUCUCUUGUUGCAGAGCACGGGCUCUAGGUGCACAGGCCUCAGUAGUUGCGGCACGUGUGCUCAGUAUUUGUGGCUCGCGGGCUCUAGAGCACAGGCUCAGUAGUUGUGGCGCACGGGCUUAGUUGCUCUGCGGCACGUGGGAUAUUCCUGGACCAGGACUCAAACCUGUGUCCCCUGCAUUCGCAGGCAGGUUCUUAACCACUGCGCCACCAGGGAGGCCCUAUCUGCUGGGACUUUGAUUGGGAUUACGAAUCUAAAGGUCAAGUUGAGAUCAGACAUCCUGACAUUGAGUCUUCCCAUUCAUGGCCAUGGAAUAUCCCUGUUUCUUUAGUUCUUUGAUUUCUUUCAUCAAGAAUUCUGUAGUUUUACCCAUAUAGGUCUUUUAGAUAUUUUGUUAGAUUUAUACCUAUUUCAUUUUUUCAGUUCUUAUGUAAAUGUUAGUGUUUAAACUUUCAAAUUCCAGUUGUUCGUAUGUAAGGAAGCAACUGACAUUUAUAUCAUUAACCUUAUACCUUGCAACCUUGCUAUAACUGCUUAUUAGUUGCAUCUUUUUAUUUUGGGGGGGUCAAUUCUUUUGGAUUUUCUAUAAGACAAUUAUGUCCUCCUCUGUGAACAGUCAUUUGUUUUCCCAAUCUGUAUACCUGUUAUUUCCUUUUCCUGUCCUAUUUCAUUAGCAUGCUUUUAUCUGUGGGGAUAUUAUUCUGCUCCUUUCUUGUAACUGUUUGGAAUUUGACUAUGGUACUUUCUGUUACCCAUUUUUAUGGGUAAAUAAAGGGAGGUAUGAUUUCUUUCUAGUUUCAAGGUUUUACAGCACAUUUUUUCUGUAUGUGUAAAAUAUUAAAAUAUGGACUGUGCAAACAAUAGCAGUUGACAUUCAGCAGAACAAUUAAUUUUUUUACAUAUUUAUUUAUUUAUAUUAUUUUUGGCUGUGUUGGGUCUUCAUUGCUGUGUGUGGGCUUUCUCUAGUUGCAGCGAGCAGGGGCUACUCUUCGUUGCGGUGCAUAGGCUUCUCAUUGCGGUGGCUUUUCUUGUUGUGGAGCAUGGGCUCUAGGUGAGCGGGCUUCAGUAGUUGUGGCACGUGGGCUCAGUAGUUGUGGCUCCUGGGCUCUGGAGCACAGGCUUAGUAGUUACGGCACACGAGCUUAGUUGCUCUGCGGCAUGUGGGAUCUUCCCGGACCAGGGCUUGAACCCAUGUCCCCUGUGCUGGCAGGCGGAUCUUUAACCACUGCGCCACCAGGGAAGCCCCAGCAGAACAACCUAUGACUUGUUUCUCUCAGGAGUUAAAGAACAAGGUAAGUUAUUUAACACUUUUAUGGACAAUCCUAGUUUCACUCAUUCAAAAUACUUUAUUUAAUGUGAUCCUCCACCUCUCCUGCUCAAUUUGGAUUCUAUCAGGAGUUUCUUUUCAGUGUGGAGCUCUGUCCUGGGAGCUUUGCUGUUUAGAAUUGUCUUGGGCCCAGACUGCUCCAGCCCCUUCAGACUUACCCAAGCACCUUUGCCCGCACUGCAAAUCCCUUCUAGUUUGACUGUUGUUCUCAAAUUGGCUCGCUGAACUUCCAAGUGAGUGCUCGUUUGGAGUUCUGAGACCCAUCAGACACACCAUUGCUUCCUCUGGAACAGAACGUGAUACCAUGAAGGUCUUGUGGCUAUUGGUGUUUUGAGGCUCAUGGGUAUGUGUAAUUUUCCUAUAAAGUUGCCCAAGGUUUUGUAUCUCAGAGUAAGUUUUGAGUGUAGGAGCAGGGAAAAGUUAUAGAGGAACACCAUCUCCUUCAAUAACUAUGCUUUUUCUCCAAGCUGUUUCCUUUAUUCAUCUUCAGCACAGGAACCUUUCUGUCUCUGAGCCUCAUAGCAGGUUAUGAAGGCUGUGCUGAUGAACUGAUAAUCAGUGUAGUUUCAAAGUAAAUGGCCUACUCCAUUUGGACAAUAGUGCAUUUUUUUCUUCAGGGUGACCUUUAGUAAACAGAGAACCAUGCACCAUCAAAAUGAUGCCUGAAGGCUAAAAAGCCCAGACUGCUUUUUAAGGCAAGAACUGGUAUGAUAUACUUUUCCUGCUAGUUAAGUGAUUUCUAGUCAGUUUCAAAGCAUCUCUAGCUAUCUCUUUUUGUUUCCUGGGUAAACUGCAAAAUUUCCAAUACUGUCAGUUGGAGCCUGCCAUUUAGAAGAGAGAAAUCUUGGACACAUUAUAUCCUCUGAAACUAAUAAAAAAUUAUAGAAUGGGAAUAAUAUACCUACCUUAACAUAUUCUAAGGAUGAAUGAGACAACCAAUGACAUAAAUGGAAGAGCCUGGUUAACUGUGAAGUUGUAUACAAGGUGCACUUGCUUAUUUCUUUAAUACAGUUCAGCUUCUAAUAUUUAUAUCACAUCGAAAGCAACGUACCUAGUAAUAGAGAAGGAGGCUGUCUUAUCUUCAUAUUCCCAGCACCUUACAUAUAGCCUAGCACUCAGUAGCUGUUUAGUAAAGGAUUAUAGCCUGAUCUUAAUCAUAAAAUGGUGAAGGAAGAUCAGUCUGUAUUCCUGACCCCAUUAUGGACAAAACAACACCAAGAGCACAGUCUCCUGAAUGUGGGUCCAUCUUUGCUCUCUUCAAGUAAGGACAGCGUUAGGAAAACCAGGCAAGCCAAGGUCACAGAACUGGACAAAGAAGUUCUCAACUUAUGAUUAUUAUGGUUAAGAAUUUUAUUAUCAAAAUUAUUACAUCUCUUGUGAAAGUUCAAAUGUUACAGCAAGGUGUAAACACUCCACUUGAGAAAGAAGUGAUACUUCUUCCCUUCCAAGAGUCCCCCCCACCCCCCGCCCCCCCCCCCAGAGGUCUGGUCUUGACAGCACCCUGCCCACACAGAGUGGCUGGGGUCUCUGCACGUGCCAGGCAGGGUGAGGGCCGCCUGCCCGCUGGCCUCUCCCCUCAGUCAAAAGCCAAGGGGAGAAUGCAAACCCCAGCCCAAAUGGAGAGACAUUUACAUACGUUUUAUAUAAUAUACAAAGAAACCAGCAUCCCAGGCAACAUGAUUUCCACUCCCAACGCUCUCCCAGACUGAUGGGUUUGUGGGGGAAACAAAAAGAAAAGUAUUCUGCUGAAGUCUCAGCAUUAAAAAAAAAUCUCCCCUCAUUUGAGCAAACACCUGAUUUCAAUUUUGAAAAAGUGAAAUUUUGUAACAGUCACACACAAAGAGAGAAGACUGUGCAUAUGAUAGUUGUAGGAGAGGGUAGAAAGAAAGGGGAUGUAAGAGGCUGAGGGAAAAAAGGAGAAAACAAACUGGAGGGAAGGAAGGAGGGAGACUCACAGUAUUAUCUUGUCCAAAAGAAAGAAGUAAGGUCCACUGCAGCACCAGGGAUUACACCUGUCAGAUAUCUGCUACCCCUACCAUGGUUAUAACUGAAUACAAAAUUAGAUAAAUAAAAACACGCCGGAUAUUACAGUAAACAAGUGAAAGAAAUAAGCUGGCAACCGUAUGGAAUUUAAAAAGAUUGUGUACUCCACCUGGCUGGCUCCAGGGCUCCUGCAGGGGUGUACAACAGGCACAAUGCACUGAUGGGGAGAAGCCAGUCUGCUCUCAUCUCUCAUCCAGAACAGUGUUAUUAGGUAUGUGGGUGGCUUUAUAACACUCUCACCUGGGCCACUCUCAAAUAAGCAUCUCCCAAAGAAACGUGGGACAUGCCACACACAAUCACAGCCCUGUCGGUGCCAUUCCACAAAUGUAUCUUUCCACUCUUACCCUGCAGUCACGAGUGCAUGCUCCCCAAUCAUGGAGGCAGUCCUACUCAGGGGAUCGUCAACUCCUGAUUAAUUGGGAGUAGAAAAAAUAAAAUUCAAAGAAUUCCCUAACCACCUGGGACCCUUCCUAAUCAAAUUUAUUGCCAAAAGCUGAUAAGUAGCAAUGCAAUUGGCCCAUCUCAGUUAUAUCUCUUUUCUUUGCCUACUUACUUCAUAGAUUACUGAGCUGUGAAAUAGCUGGGGGAAGGGGAGUGGGAUGGUACCAGCUGGGGGCUCAGACAAUCUACUAGGACAGUCUGCUCCUGAAUAAUCAAGAGUUGACCAUGAGCUCUUCCUCAGAGAUCCAGGCACCCCUCAGUCAAAGCACACUCCAAGCUUCACUAUCCCCGCCUCUUUCUUGGUGUUUCUAAGACAAAGGUAAGGAAUAUUCUUGGGUGGACACAUCUUGGCCAGAUAACUGCUUUUGGAAUGGUUGUCUUAUAUACCUACCUUUUUUCUUAAGUGCAUAAAACCCUAACACUACUCAGAUGGCUUGGGGCUUUGAGAUUUGCUCUUCUCACCAUUUUUUCCUUUGAAAACUUUUUUUUUUUUUUGAUUU